CGUUGGCACGCGCGCAACGACGGUGCCGAGCAUCCCGCAUAUUAUAUCUGCGCCGUCGGAGAUUGCUCGUCUCGCGACGAUCUCGGUUAUCUUGACAUUCUUAACCUUUCUUCCAAUCUCGCAACGGUACGUCACGUCGUCUCUCGUACAGUUGUCAUCGAUUUAUUAUACCACCCAUGGUGUAAAUAGACACCAUGAUACCACCGUUCACGCUACUCGUGUAUAUACAUACAUACAUUACAUACGUGCAUGUCAUACCGGGCAAGAGAUGAGCUCGAAAAAGGUACAGAGGCUGGAACGAUCGCAUAUAGCGAAAGUAAUUAACGCCACUCCGUACCGCGCAGCGGUGGCUUGUUUGUGUCAAGACUGUCAGGAGAUGACACGCGUUUAUUUUCCGAUUUCCCUGCUUUGCGACGAUAAUCGGCAGUUACAGUUUCGGCGAGAGCACUACGCGAAUUAACGCGAGGAUACAAUCGAGAUAUCUGAACUCUGAAGUGUUAAAAAUCGUUACAUGACGCGUAUAUGUGUUUACCUCUGUAGGAUCGUGAUUCGUGAUAAAUUCAAUAAGCUGCGUAUGUCAUUCGAGAGUAUUGGAGUUACUUGGAGUGAAAAUUUGUCUGUAAUGUGACACAAACGGAAACCAUCUGUUCAAAAUGGCAGCGAUUUGUUCCGGACGACCUGGUUGGUUAGGGAAGCUCGGAAUAGCAUUGCUAGCCACAUGGUUUUUGAUACUGAUUAUAUCCAUCGUUCAUAUAUUCAAGUCCAACUCGUUGUUAAGCCAUGAUACUGACACUGCCAACAAAGAGAACACUCAACGCCUAACACAAAUGGUUAACGACUUUGAAAUUCUAAAGAAGCAGAACGAUGCAUUAAAGAACUUUAUAUUAGGAGAGGGAUCGAAAUCUAUACAAGGCGACCACUUAGGCUCCGUGCAAGACAAGCUUGAGAAAGCGUCGGUCUAUUAUGACCUGAUAGAUCAUCAAGAUGGAUCAAAACAUGGUGUUCCCUCUUCAGAAUAUGAGGAACUGCGACGGCGAUUGAGGAACGACGUUCAGGAGAUGUGGUAUUACAUUAGCGCCGAGUUGAAUAAGUUCAAGAAGCACAUUGAUGAAUUCACGUAUGAUCAAAGAGAAAAGGAAAUACAGGAUGUGAUGAAAAAUGCAUGGGAGCAUAAAAAGUCACUUAUAAUAAAUAUCGAUAAAUUAAAGAAGGCAGAUGGUUACGAUGAAUGGCGGGAAAAAGAAGCAAAAGAUUUAUCUGAUCUAGUUCAGAAACGAUUUAGGUAUCUACAAAAUCCUGCUGAUUGUAAUAAGGCAAAGAAGCUGAUAUGUAGUUUAAAUAAAGGUUGUGGUUUUGGCUGUCAGAUUCAUCACAUCACGUACUGCUUUUUAGUGGCUUACGGUACAGAAAGAACAUUAGUAAUGAAAUCUAAAGGGUGGAGAUAUCACAAAGAUGGCUGGGAAUCUGUUUUUAAACCCCUCAGCGACACUUGUUUAUCUACAACCGGUACUUCACAUUCUAAUUGGCCUGGAGAUUCCUCUAAACAAGUAAUAUCACUGCCAAUUGUAGACAACGUUUAUCCUAAACCAAGGUCCCAGCCACCCAGCGUACCUGCAGACUUAGCGCCAAGACUGGAGAAGAUUCACGGUCAUCCUCUAGUUUGGUGGGUAGGACAAGUGUUAAAAUAUUUAAUGCGACCUCAAGAUCAUGUAAAGAGGACGCUGGAGAAGGCGAAAGAGAAGCUUGGUUUUAAAAAACCUAUCGUCGGUGUUCAUGUGCGUAGAACAGACAAAGUAGGCACCGAGGCAGCUUAUCAUGACAUAGAUGAAUAUAUGAUUAAAGUGGAACAAUAUUUUGAUCAACUUGAAACGAAGCCGGACGUGAAGAGAGUCUUUUUAGCUAGUGACGAUCCGAAAGUGAUAACAACAUCUAGGAAACGUUAUCCGAAUUACGAAAUAAUAGGUGAUCCAGAAAUCGCCGAGACGGCGUCCGUAGCAAAACGAUAUUCGGAUACUUCGUUACAGGGUAUAAUUAUCGAUAUCCACCUUCUGUCGGAAUGCGAUUACUUGGUAUGCACGUUCAGUUCUCAAGUAUGUCGCGUCGCAUAUGAGUUGAUGCAAACCUUUUACGCAGACGCGUAUGAUAGAUUUACAUCCCUCGACGAUAUAUAUUAUUAUGGAGGACAAAAUCCACAUCCCCAUGUAGCUAUUUUAGAUCAUAAGCCGAGGAAGAAUGGAGAGUUAGAGCUAAAAGCCGGUGACUUGAUCGAUGUUUUUGGUAAUCAUUGGGAUGGUUUCUCCAAGGGCUACAACAUCAGAACUAGCAUGACAGGAUUAUUUCCUAGUUUCAAAGUUAAAAAUCCUGUUGAUGCCGUAGAUUUCCCCAAAUAUUCAAAUAUUCCUCUGUUGGAAAAGGACGAUUAAAUCAGAAUGGUCGAGCCAAGUCAUUCUCUGACAAAAUGCAGUUCCAAGUGAAUUGUUAUUUCUUUGGAUCAAAUUCUUAAGAUAUUAGCAAAGAUGACAUUGCACGAUGUAUAUGUUUUGCUAUUUGUAAACUACGAUGUUAAUGCUUGUAAAUUGUCACAAAUUAGUAAAUUGUCCAUGACUUGUAAAAUAACAGAUUAUAUCUGUCUUUUGUAUGAUUAUGCUUUUGACUUUAGAACGAUUAAAAGUGUGAUUUUUCUUGAAUAGCCCAAUAGAGAUACCAUUUUCCAAACAUUUUGAAAUCUUAUAUAUGAAGUUAUAAUAUAAGUUUAUAUUAUAUAAAUAGAAUCAUUAUAUUUUUGAAAAUAUAAUGACUCAAAAUAUGUAAUAUUCCAAUGUUCUUAAUAUUUUAUUAGCAAAUCGAAUUUGUUCUGUAUAUGUAUACAUAGAUGUAGUAUAUAGGGUAUCACCUAAUUCGCGCCCACUAUUCACACAGCGAUAUAGAAUAUCAAAAAUUGAGUCAAAAAGUCCUGAGCCAUUUCUUUCUAUUAUGCCAUCUUUUAGCCGGCUGUACGUCAGUGAGCUGUGCACCUGGUAGUAUGAGUGAGUGCACACUACCAGGCGCGCGACUCACUGACCUACGCCCAGCUAAAAGACAGUGUUGAUUGGAUUGACUUCACUCAAUAAUUAAUGCUUUACUAAGCAUUAUAGAAAAAAAUGGUUCAAGACUUUUCGACUCAAUUUUUGAUAUAUCGCUGUAUUAAAUAGUGAGCGGGAAUUAGGUGAUAUACCCUAUAUAAAGAUGUUCUAUAUAUACAUAGAUAUACAUAGAUGUUCCAGAUGAUAUUUUAAUAUUAGAUGUAACAGACUGAAAAAAGGUUUAUAGUGCGUAUAAAAAUACCCGAUGUUUGUGCCAAUGCAUUAUCAUGAUCAUGAAACAUUGUUUACAUUGACGAGAUGUCCUUGGAAAAUACGUAAAAAAUAGAAUUUUGUUAUUUAUGGCGCGCUCUAUUAUACUUUGUAAAUAAAUUCAUUAAAUUACUUCGCUUGCAAAUGAUUUGUAUCAAUGUUUAUCACAACAAUCGAAUUGUACAAUAUAGAAUAUCCCAGAAAGCGUUUGUAUAUUUUGAUGAAAUAGAGUGAUUUUCAAAUAA